AGCAGCCUCUGCUUCUUACAAAUCUACAAGACCAACUUUCUAUUCUAAGUGUAGGGAUCAUAAUUAAGCCAUGGGUGUCUCCACCUUCACACAAGAAUACACUUCCCCAGUUGCCCCAUCACGUAUGUUUAAGGCCUUAAUCCUCGACUCAAGCAUUUUGAUUCCAAAGCUCUUACCCGAAUUCAUCAAAAGUGUUCAAGUUAUCCAAGGUGGUGAAGGUGCUGGAACCAUUGAACAAGUCAACUUCACUGAAGCUAGCGACUUGAAAUAUGUGAAGAAUCGGAUUGAAGAGCUAGAUAAAGACAAUCUUGUGUGCAAGUAUACUCUGAUUGAGGGAGAUCCACUAGGAGACAAGCUUGAUUCCAUUGCUUACGAGGUCAAGUUUGAGGCAGCAAGUGAUGGAGGCUCAAUAUGUAAGAUCACAAGCAAUUACAUUACUAUCGGAGAAUUUUCCAUUGAAGAAGAAGCAAUUAAGGAUGGCAAGGACAAAGCUCUAGGAAUAUAUAAAGUUGUUGAAGCCUACCUUUUGGAGAAUCCUCAUGUCUAUGCUUGAUUAGUUUGUCUCUAUCAUGGACUUGGUAUUAUUGUUAUUAUUAUUAUUGGUUCAUUUGAUUUCAAUUGAAAUUCAAAUUCGAAACCUAA